UGUAUAAAUGUUUUAUUUAAUAAAUAUAUUUUUGUUUAAUAUUUUUUCAAACAUUUGUAAUUAAUAAUUUUAAAUGCAUGUAGACCACAAAAAUUAUUAUAUUAUAUUGUAUCCACGAGUACAUGACAAUGUUCAAUUUCGGGAUAUUAAAUUUGUUAUCAGCUUUGAGAAACCAUCAGCGACUUGUACAGCCCGUAGAACCAAGUAUUUCACCCAUAAUUGACAUUGCGAUGAAGGUGAAUAAAAUUAAACAGGACGACCUACAACCAUUGGAAGCGCUAAAUACACGCAUGCGUCGAGCGUUUAAGAUGAUCGAUCGUUUGGAAAUAAAUAGACAUAGGACAGCAGUAGCUCUGAAGUUUGAAAUGAUGGAGUUGAUGGAGAAUAGACGUUCGUUGAUAGAACUGAAAAAUGAUCCGCCGAUUUCAACCGGCACCCAGACAUAUUUAGUAAAGAAACCAUGCCGCGUUAGGUUCGUAAUACCAGGAAUGCCUUGGGAAGAAGAUACGAUAAAUGAGAUUUGGCAAUAUCCAAAAAUGAUACUACAGUUUAUGACAAAAAUGUGGAUAAUUAUAAAGUUUAUUAUAAAGCAUUUAAAAAAUCCAGUAAUAUUACACAAUAUGGCCGCAAAAAUAUAUGUUGGAUUUGGAAAACUUAUUCAUAUAACUACGACAAUUGAUAUUCCAAAUAACACAACUACGAUAAACUUCAGAGGAUUUCCACGGAAUUCCACAUAAGUGUUAUAUAUUUAAGAAAUAUAAAUUGAAUACAUAAUUCGAAACAUACAUGCUAUUCACAUGGGUUCAACGUUUUAACUAGAG